GCAAAUUCCAUCAAGGUUGAGAUGUACAGUGAUGAGGAAGCUGGGCGACUGCUGGGCCAAGAUGACCGAAGCAGUGAGAAGGAAGAUGGUGUUAUGGUUGAUGACUCGCUUACUGACUCUGUGGUGUACUGUGAUGGUUCAGGGCAAGAUCCUCAUUCUCCUGGAGGGAUACGGCUUCCUAAUGGCAAGCUGAAAUGUGACAUUUGUGGCAUGGUCUGCAUUGGCCCCAAUGUCCUUAUGGUGCACAAGCGCAGUCACACUGGUGAACGCCCUUUCCAGUGCAAUCAGUGUGGAGCUUCUUUCACCCAAAAGGGAAACUUACUGCGCCACAUCAAGCUGCACUCCGGUGAGAAGCCUUUUAAAUGUCCCUUCUGCAGUUACGCCUGCCGCCGGAGAGAUGCACUGACAGGACACUUAAGGACACAUGCUGUCUCCUCCCCAACUGUCGGCAAGCCUUACAAAUGCAACUACUGUGGACGGAGCUAUAAACAACAGAGCACCUUAGAGGAACACAAAGAACGCUGCCACAACUACCUACAGAGCCUGAGUGCUGAUCCACAGCCAUUGCCUGGUCAGGGUGAGGAGAUUCGAGACCAGGACCUGGUGCCCGAUUCACUUCUCCAUCCCUCAUCCGAGAGGCCAUCCUUCCUUGACAGACUGACAAACAGCAUUACAAAACGGAAGCGAUCUACACCGCAGAAGUUUGUGGGUGAGAAGCAGAUGCGGCUAAGUAUAACUGACAUUCCUUUUGAUAUGAACUCCAGCUUUGACAAAGAAGUGGAAAUGGUGGGCCAUCACCCUUUAGACCCAACGUUCAGCAGCACAAUGGCAUAUGUUGGGGCAGAGCAUCUUCGCCCAAUGCGACUCCCACCCACAAACUGUAUUUCUGAACUUACACCUGUAAUUAGCACAGUGUAUUCUCAAAUCCAGACCAUGCCAGGAAGGAUGGAGCUACCAGGAAACCGUGAGGCUGCUGAAGGCCAUGAAGACCUUUCUGAUGGAACACAGAUCAUCCCUCGGCUGCGGAGUCAGUUGAUGGACCAUGGUCUCUCUCCUACUAAUGGUUGUCAGGAUUCAACGGACACAGACAGCAACCAUGAUGAAAAGGGUGGCCUUUUACCUAGUGGGAAUAGUACCAGCAGCAGGCAGAGUCCUGCUUAUGCCAAAGAAGAUCAAAGACCAGCGGAGGGGCCCCCAGCUGCUAAAGGAAUCCCCAGCUCAGCCAAAGAAGUGCUGCGGGUUGUAAAUGAGGAGGGAGAACAGCUCAAAGCAUUUAAGUGUGAUCACUGUCGUGUUCUUUUUCUAGACCAUGUCAUGUUCACUAUACAUAUGGGCUGCCAUGGCUUCAGAGACCCUUUUGAGUGCAACAUUUGUGGUUAUCACAGUCAGGAUCGGUACGAGUUCUCCUCGCAUAUAGUCCGGGGGGAGCACAAAGUGGGCUGAAUUCGCUAUCUUCUUUCAGAUGCUGAAACAGUGCCCCUUUUCCUUGGCCCAAGACUGCACUUUUUUAACUUCUCCUUUGCACUGACUAAAUACAGAAGGAGCGCUUAAUGACUGCUUUUUUUUAUAAAAUGACUUAUUUAAAUUGUAUUCAUAACACUUCUGUGUCCUGCUUUCGUUUAGUUAUUUAUUAUGUUGCAUUUUUGUUUUUAUAACUCUUGCUUCUACUUUUACUUGAAUAAUGGUUGAUAUACAUUUGUUUGGUCCAUUUCUUUGCAGAAGCCCACUUAAAGCUUUAAGCAUUUGCCAUUGAGUUUUACAGAUCUUCCCCCUCCACACACGCACACACCAAAAAAUCAGGGGCUGUAUGAUGUAUAUUGCUUUACCAUAUGAAAUGUUUCCACCUUCAUUAGCUUUCUUCAAGGUACAUUGUCAGGGGCUCAGGGUGAGUUUUUUUCACCAGGCUUGGAUUUCCUCCUUGUGGUCUCUGUGGUAGAGUAGUUAUGUUUCACAGAAGUGUCACUCUUGAAGCCUUUUGAUUAGACCCAGGUUACUCUUCCCACCCUAUGACUGGGUUCACAUUUCUCAAAGGUUAGGUAGUGCUGCUUUUCCUUUCACCACUGUUGCCUAAAGAUAAAGAAUAAGGUACCUGUUUUUAUAUGAGAGAAGAGGAGUGAAGGAGCUUCCUUUAGUGGAACCCAGAACUAUUUGUUGUGCUUUUUCUGCCUAGCAUAAACAUAUUGAUGAGUAGCCCAUAGCACCGAAGAGUAAUUUCAUCUCUGAAGUAAAAAUAUUUUGGUAGCGAUAUUUACAAAGUUUGUGUUUAUGGAAAACUUAGUCUGAGGUCAGUUUCCCAGGGUAAAGCACUGUUAACAAAUACUUUGUCUUUUGAUGAAAAUGGGAUAUCCCUUCUACUUUAUUGCAGUUGACCAUCACAGUCAUCCAAGUUUUAGUUCAGCUGCUCAACCCUGACAUAACAUACUUUUCUUUAAACUUUUAUUCUGAUGUAGUGAUCUGUUACAUGUUGUAAAAAUGCUUUGUGAUUAUUUAAGAAAAAAGUUAACCACUGAAACUGUUUUUCUGAUUUAAAAAUGCAUUUAGGAAUGAAUUCUGAGGAAGUUUCUUGUGUGGGUGAAACAAGAAAAGCAGGGUCUGUGACGUACUCAAGUUCAGUCUGAGGACCUCUGUAAAGUUUAAAGGUGAUGGAGGGCUUGUAUAACACUGAGGUAAUUGGGGGUUUAGAACCCCCCUUUACCAUUCUAUAGACACUGAAGAUGAAGGUAACGACUUGCUGGCUGAAAAAUCUGUGAGUAGGGCACAAUUUGGUAUUCUAAUCUUAAUGUAAAGGCAAAAGCAGUCCAACAGUAUACAGUAUUCUUUUUAGCAGUAAUGCAUUCCUUAGGUUGGUUAUUUUCAACUAGCCAUUUAUAAAACCUUGUUUAGUUUGCAUAAACUACCCUAAAGAUAGAGUAAAGCUGCUUUCAAAGAUGUUUUCUUAAAAUGGUCAUACAUUAACUAAAGUUAUGUCAGCUAUCAGAGGCUUUAAAUGUAGUGCCCCCCCCCAAAAAAAAAAGUGAAAGUUACUCAAGAAGAAUCUUUGAAACCUUUUACCUUUCACUAAGAAUGAAAAAAAAAGAGAAAUUUGGACUGUUAUUGCUUUGAUUUUUUGAUUACUGCUGUUGUGUUGCUUUUCCCCUAUACCCUAUUUCAUUACUUUUACAGCUCUGUGUUGUGAUUCUGAGGCCUGUAAUAGUGAGUCCCAGAGUUAUAUUAAAAAAAAAAAAAAAAAAAAAAACUAGAGGUGAACAUUGAAUAUUGACAAUUGCUGGUUUCAACCCUGUUAGUUGUAUAUACUGAUUUCAAGAUCGCCUUACCUUGGGGGGAAAGUAGAAGAGUUUGAAAUGCCAUGAUCUCAAGCUUUAGUAUGUGGCUAUCCUGGGAUGCACACUUGAGUCCCAGAACUUAAAACUUUUGCCAGUGUUUACACGUUAGGCGGACAGACUUGCUGCGUAACAUACAUUUUUAAUCUCGAGACUAAAUGUUAGCCUAUGAACCAGUGUCCUUUCUGCAAGUUCAUUUCAUCUCCUGUAUUUCUUAGAAGGUUUGGGGCAUUGUGUGUAUUGUACAGGUUACUUUCUUCUUGUCAGAGGAUGACAUGAAGAGGUGCCCUGUUUGCACUGCAUGUGAGGCAGUGCAAGUCCUGAAGACCACAGUCUCUUUACCAGGGAAGACACAUUGUGUUAAUUUGAGUGGUAGUGGCCUAGGACUGUAUUGGCACUGCUGGUUACUACCUUGAACAGCAGUAAUGGGAUAAACCUCCUCUCAGAAUAUAUGCACACAGACAAGAGCAUACAGUGUGAACUUUGAAGUUUGGUUUGCAAGCCUCAUUUUGAUACUCCUGUUAAGAGAUUGGUUGACAGCCUCAUAUUUGCUGCUAUCCCAUUUAAAGAAUGUCUUUCUGAUGUGUAUUUGUAAUUCAGCAGCAUCAGGUUUUUAUUUUGUUUUCUUUUUUUUACAUCAGUGCUUUACUGGUGACCUUGAUUUUCAAAAUUGGAACUCGCUACUUUAAGCAGCUAAUAAAAGCACUUCUGCUGUACAGCUGGUAGGCCAAAUCCUCAUGUUUUUCAAGAAAGGACAUCAUUACAAGUUGAGUCUGAAAACAAAAUGAUAGGAGCAAAACUUGUCCGGUCCAUGAAGCUGAAAAAUGUGAUCGCUCUUGCAUCUACCUUGAUUUUGAGCUGGGGGAUGUGUUUGUGUGCCUUAUGUGAUCUUAAUUUCAGAUGGUUUGGCUGCAGGAAUUAUGUAACCUUUUGCCUGCCACACAAGGACAUUUCAUCUGCUUUUUCUUCCACUGUGGUCCUUUAUCAGACUUGGCAAAGCUAUACCUCUAAACUUUUUUUUUCUUUUCUUUUCUGCAGCAUGAGUAAAGAACUAACUCUAAAAGAAAAUCCGAUCAUCAUCUGUAGUAAAGUUGAGUCUUAGAACCUUUUUAAUUUUGCCAAGGCCUAUCCUGGCUUCAAAAUCUGGCAAGAGGUCCUAUAACAGAGAUCAUGAUGGUGGCUGACCACUUUUUUUUGUUUAUACCCGAGUCACAGUGAGGAUUGCAGAGUGAGUACUCCUUAAUAUGACUAUUUACUGAAAGUGCAAUAGGGCCUUUAUUGUAAAGAAAAAAGCUUUAGCCAGUUUUCCUCUGGGGAGAGGGAGUCUAUAUUGUAGCCAUCUUAUGACUUGUGCACCAGAAGGGAAGAGGAAUAAAGAGACAGAAGGACGGACAGGGGGUUGCACAUGGCUUAAUCAAGCAUCAGAAGAGAGAAAAAUAAGGUUAAAGGUAGCAUUCUCUUCUGGCUCAAAAUAGCGUAAGAAAAAGUUUAAAAUGACCAGCCAACCAUUUUCUUUGGAGGGAUGCUUCAGCACAAGAUACAAGAUGCCCACUGCUGUCAUUAAGGAGGGUGUUGUGCUGCUUAUCUUCCCCUAUAGACAACAAAUUUGAAGAUAUUUUCUGAACCAUGAGGGAGAAAGGGGGGGGGUAUAAUCUCAGGAGGGUGUUACAUCUCCUCAGUAGCAUCCACAGAAAAGUCUGCUGUCAUGCUGUAAACCCCAUCCUUUUCUGUGUGAUCCUACCUGUAUCUGAUAGCUGUAGAGAGAGUAGUACAGAGUUUGGGUCACCUUAUUUGGGUAUGUCUUACUCACCCAAGAAGACUGAUGGGAAAUUUCAACUUAUAAGGGAGUGUACCAUCUUGGAGGAAAAUCCCCACCUUGACCAUACCUUAGCAACUUCGGUGAAGUUCAAGCAUGUCCUUCAGGACCAGGUGGUCUGUCUUUUUCAGAUUAUUCAUUACCAUUUAAGGUAGCGGGGUUGCAUUCUCUGCUUAAACCAUGAGGACAGUGAAUUACUGUGCAAAUAUGCUAUACAUUCAGCAUGGAUUCUUACUGGACAGAACCACUCACAAUAUAGAGGCAGUAACUGCUUUGAAGGGAAAAAUGCCUUGACGCUCUAGCUUUGGCCCUUGCAGAUAGCUGCCAAACAGGUGUAGGUGUAGUCAUAUGUUGCCACUCUUAGUUGCAUUUGAUGCACUUUGCUGAGCCUAUUAAUGCCACAUUUGCAGAUAUUAAUUUUUCAAGGCAGAUUUUGUAAGAGUGAUGACUGUUUUAGGUUAUGGAAAGGGUCAGAUACUCUUGAUCAAGAGUUAUGUUUCAGUUUCUAAUGAGGACCUUUUCCAAGUCUCAACAGACUGUUUUCACAGCCCCAGCAAUAGCAACAGCAACAACCCAAGGGUCAACAGAACCCCAAGCCAAGUCUGAGCAAUGGGUUCAGAAAACAGAGGUCCUGUGUUUUCUGAAAGGCAGCUCAGGAGCUAUGUUUCAGGGGUCCUUCAGCAGUUUUGUUUCUCCUACUGGACAAGAAGUUGGCAGAACUGUCCAGCAGAGUCUCUGCUGGUGGGUUGGUAAGGGGGAUAGUAAGUUGAGGUUAGAAAUUGGCUUUUCUUUCCCCCAAACCUGCUAGGUAAUUUCUUGAGGAUAACUUCUGCAGACACUGUCUCAAGCUUGUAUGAUGCAGGAAAGCCGCAUUCUAAUGGUGUCCUUAGCUUGCCUUGCAGUGGAAGAUAGAGUAUUCAAGUAUUCCCAUGAUAGCAUUUGUUCAUCAACACCUUGUACCUUCUAGAAGGCUGUGCCACUACUUUAGCAGAUUCCAAUGAUGUAGUUCACCACAAGUGCCUUUCUUUUGUACUGUGGGAGAUGGCUUAAAAUGCCCAUUUUGGACAUGGAGGGAAACGUUGUCUUGCAUGUAAAUGUGUUUGAGAGAAGGGUGGUGUUUCUGGCUUUGAUGCAUUUCAUUCCAUAUUUACCCAUAGGACUAAUUUUGUUACUCAUGGUCAGUGUAGCUAUAGUACAUCAACAGAUGGGUUGAGAUGGCUUUCUUACAUUUAUGAGUAUUUGAAUGGGUCAGAUAGAUCUUCAUGCUUACAGAGGUGUAUAAUCUGGGCAAGUUCCAUUCUAGUUUAUGGUAUGGUGAAUAGUUCGAAAGCCAUAAGCGUGUAUGUUGUAAUCUGUCAAUUGGGGUCAUCUAGUUUAGGCUCUAUCUGCAUCUCCCAGCAGUGCUAGGUGCAAGAUAUCAUUCACCCUUGUUCCUUGCAAGGCUUGCACUGGUUAUCUUCAUGGCCAUUUGGCCUGAGGGUCUGCUGCUGUGUGCGUUCCCACCACUGUCCUUAAUUUAAAAACAUCUCAAGUAUGAACAGAGAAAAAACAUCUUAAAUACUGAUGAUCCCUUUCUAGCCUUGACUAUCGUGGUUUUGCUUUGCUUCUUAGAUCCAGUCAACUUGUCUCAGCUGUCAAGUCAGAGAAACCUGGAUCACCACAGACUUGGACUGAUGGCAUAAUGCUUCUUAUUCCAAUAGCUGUGUGGGCCUCUGGUCUUAUUGAAUGAGAUCUGCCACAGUUUUGCUUUCAUACAGGCCACCUUCCAAGAAAGCCUGUGUGUGUGGGGGGGGUUUAUCUCUUUGGUUGACUGAUAAAAACUGUAUGGCCAAAGGUACACCUUUCCUCUUGGAGUUUCUGCUUUCCAUAGUAGGGGGUGGAUGGCUGGUCCUUAUCCCUAAGGCUUUUUAACAGUGUAAGGAUGAGCGUUCUAUUAUACCCUGUAGUCAGAGAGUAUGCUUCUUCUGCAGACCUGAAUUUUGCACGAAGUAAUCUCCCUUUUUGAACUUUUCCAUUCAGUAAGUAUUAAGCUUCUCAUGGAAGACUUUCCUCUUGGUGUUUGCAUCUGCUAGAGUUGUUACAGCUUCAAGCCUUACUGCUACAUUGUACUUUUUGGCCAUUGACAGAAAGUGUGUGCAUCUGCCUGCCAUCCAUUUUGUAGCUCGCCACCUUUAAUUCUACUAGUGCAUCUCCUUGCCCUUUUUAUUUUCCUCACAUUAAUCAACUGAGUAGGGAACAGUCUGAAUACUUGUGACAUUCAUAGAUGAGGUACUGUACCAUCUGUGAAGCAGCCUUUUAGGAAAGACAUCCAGCCGUUUUUUCCUUUGCAAAAGAUAGAGGGCUGAAAAGCAGCUGAUGCCCACCUUGGCAAAUUGCAUAGGCUUAUUUGAGAAAUGUGAGGUGGUCCUUCCCAUUAUUCCAGACUGCUAUUAUGUCAGUGUAUCUCUUCAUCUAAGACGGUGUUCUGGUGAGAUUCACAUGGCUGCACACUGAUAUUUGUUCCAUAUCUUUACCCAAACACUCACUCACCUUCUGUAUGGAGGGUCUCCUUUAGCUCAGUUGUUCUGAGGGGCUUGUGCAUUUUAAGAUUAUUGACACCAGAGGGCCCUUUGCCUGUCUAAGCACUCUGUCCUGUAGCCAGUAUCCCACAGUAAAAUGUAGUUUGCGAGACAAUUGUAAAGAUGCAUUCUUGAACUUUAUGCUGUAACUACAGGAUAUCCUCUCUCCCUCAUUUGCUGUAGCUGUCAGCAUGUUGUAACAGGUAACAUCUGAUGCAUGUUUUUGAACGGGCUCUUGCUGUUGCAAUAUGACAGGAAAACACUGAAGUGGUGCGCAGGAAUCCAUUUAGUCUUAAGGCCUGGGUCUAUCCUGGGAGGUGAAAUAGAGGGAAUGUGUCAAAAGAAACUUAAGCUACCUAUUGCCUGGGUGGCACUAAUCCUCUAAAUAAGCAUGGUCACUAUGGGCAGCUUGCACAACUGUUUGUUUUGCCUGUUUAUAUGUUCUUGGAUGCAGAUAGUUCAGCAUCUGCCCUUUGAGUCUUGUAAUCAAGGUAACCAGACUUAUCCUCAGAAGGAUCCCUGUAUUUGGGGAAGCUAAAAGUAUGACAAGUGCAGCCAUGUAUAUAUUAAGCAGGAACUGGUUUUGACUUGUACACUUGCAUCUUUCCACAGCCCACCCAUUACUUCAGCCUCCCAACCUCACUGAGUGAGACUUAGUGGCAGAUUGAAGUCUUGUACUGUUGGAAAUGUAAGCCAUUCAGUGAUCUUGUAUAGGAAAUACAUUUCUUGUCUGCUAAUCUGCUCAGUAUAUGUCCAGGUUGGCAACAAAAGCAAAAACCCAAACUGUCAAGCAGAUGCUGAUUGCUUUAUAACCUGGAGUUAACAGAAGGCUGUAUAGUUGAUGCAUUUAGCAGCAAUGUGCAACAUGUACUUUACUAAGAAUAUUUUAAGUCCUGCAUUAGGCAUAGCAUUUGUACAUACUUAAAGGGAGGUAGUCGGGCAGUUGGUGCAAAGGUUAUGGUUGCAUGCUGUAGUUCUUGUAGUGCAGGGUUUGAUUCCCUCAGCCCUCUUUUGCCUACUGUGUGACCUUGAGCAAGUUAUUUAACCACGGUGUUCCUUAGUCACUCCUGAAAAGGGUGUGUGUGCGCGUGUGUGUGUGUGUUUUAGUGGGCUUACUUGGUUGACAAAUGGGUGUUAGUAAAGUAGCUUGCAUUUGCUGUCCUUGUGUUUUCCAGCUCCAGGUUGUACAUGUUUUGAAUUUUGAUCAACUGGCUGCAAUUAAACUGGCUUCAGUCGUUCACUCGGAUGUACCAUGUUAGGUUUUUAUGUGCAAUACCCUGAAAUGUUGAGGGUACUACAUAUUCUGUACUUUAAAGAAAUAUGUCAGGAUGAGAGGAACCAGUUUUGGGCAAAAUAUCACAAAACUUAGGCUGAGAUGCACAGUGAACCUCAGCAAGAAGUGUUGAUUCUGAUUUAAGACUUGUUCUUACAUGAACAUUUAUGUAUUUAAAGGCUUGGCAUCAGGCUGUCUAGGGAUUAUUUUAACUGAAGGUUGUCCUAAUUUUGUACAAUGAACUAACCACUUGUCCAGAUAUUUUAACCCACUUUUUUCUUGUUAGCAUUAUUUUUAGUUCUACUGUGCCAAAGGUAGCCUUUUAGGUAACAUAACACUUAACGUGAAUAUUUAUGAAAAGUAAAAACACAAGCCCUUUCCGGUUCGCCUUUACUGGAUGUUUGAUCCUGGCCUGAGUGAUUCUUAAAUGCUGGAAGUAGCCAUCUGUACAACUGUAAACCACCCAUCCUUUACUGAUGGAGCAAGUCUUUUUUCUGCAGUUCCUUUAGAAGGUUAUUGAUGGUCACAGACGGACUUCGCCAUUGUACUAUAAUGGCUUAUCACCAUAUAUAAUUCAUGCCAACUGCAGACCAUUUAACUGUCAAUUGCUACUCUAUGUAAUGCCAGUGUGACUGUGUGUAGCUUUUCAUGCUGGGUUGGUUUUUUCAAUUGUCUGUUCUCUUAAGUUUCUAAUUUGCGGUUUGUCCUGCUUUGUUUGCUCACAAGCAGAAGCUUAUUGCAUCCCAUUAAAGGAGCAAGCCCUUUCUGAUGGUCUGUUAGUUUACUCCAGUUUUCACCACUGGGUUUGACAGCACAGUUCAUAUCUGUCCCUCCAAGAAUCCUGUUGUCUGUUAUCCAAGGUCUUCAGUAAGCUUCCUUUUACUGAUGUACUUCAUCUUACAGCUUUUUCUUUCCACCCCCUUUUUUUCUCACCAGCACUGUUGUACCUAGUUUAUGUUGCUGGUAGACUGAAACAGGAACAUUAAAAUGCAUGGGCCGUUUAGAAGUCACUUGCUUGAUCGGGCAUUUCUAAGCUUAUUUUUGUAUACUGUAUGAAGUCAACAUUCCCAGGUAGGUGGUACAGUGAUGUAAAGGUUAAGAAUACUUCAUAUUGCUAGUGUUCCCAACUUUGAGUCUUAUCUGUGCAUAAUCUGCAUGUCUUCCCUGUGUUCAUGUAGGUUUCUUCUUGAUCUCCAUUUUCCUCCCACAUCCAGAGAUGUACCAAUGAGUGAAUUGGCAGUCUGCUUAAGUUGAUGAGGGUAGAGUGUCCUGCAGUGGACUGACACUUCAUCCAGGAUUAGUUGUCUGCUUCCUGCUUUUUGCUUGCCCGGAUAGGCUUUAGCUCCCCAUUGAUCCUUAAGUGGGUUUUCUUAAAUGAGCAACUCUCUUGCCUGUGGAUUGCCUGGGAAUGGUGAAAGAGAGUUUGAACAGCUUGCUUUUCUGUAUUGGGUGCUACAUAAAGGGUCUGUAUUCUGCUUUGUAACCUGCCAGUGAAGGUAGGAGUCUUAACAGUAACCAAAUGAGCAGCACUGUGGAGGAUGGAUCUUCGAUGUUUGUAGUGGUUUGUGUGUAUAGACAUGUUUGUACUUCCAUCGUUGCAUGUCAGCUAUAGAAGGUGGGGUGAGAUUUGGAAGGCCAUAACAAAAAGCCAAUACCUGAUCUCAGCUGGGUUUACUUGUAUACAUUUGUCCUCCAGAGAGAACAAAUCAAGAUGUUGGUUGUUCAUGUCCCCAGCAUUUGUGGUUAGUAGGGGACAAAAAAAAUUCGAAAGAACUGUGCUGUGGCUGUAGGCUCAUAAAAUUAAUAGUUUUCCACAUUAACUGCAAUCUAUUGCUUUCCUUUAAAAAGAUGCUUACUCACAACUAAAGUCACUAGAUCAAGAGCAGCAAAUGAGAACUUCAGAAAUAGUGAAUUUUCUGUUGAGCAAAGAGAAGUCCCUUUUAGCGCUUGGAUAUUUUAUAACCUCACCAUUUAAGGAGGAGAUAAAUUGAGACAUUUCUGCAAGCAGGUGAUGCUUACAGGUAGGACUACUUCCCCUUUCCAGGUUUACAACGCAAUAUUUUCAUGUUCACAGCUACCAGCACACCUUUAUGGACCCUUCCUUAUGUUGGUAUGUGGUAGGUCAUUUUAUACUCACAUAUUUGCUUAAUGUGGUUUUGAAGGAAAUUUCAGACAGUGUCAUCAUAACAAGUCUGAUGCAUUUGCGUCUGCCUUCAUAUAUCCAAGUACAGUGGCAGUGAAUUAAGUCUUGAAAGUGGUUGAGAAAAGUGCCAGUUCUAUACUACAUCUGUAGUGCAGCUAAAAUUAUCCCCUUGAUUGUUGUACUGAAGUUCUUGUGUAACCAUCUGCACUUGGUCUGCUGGUUGUAUCUAUCCUAUAUUUUAUCAGUAUGCCUCCAUCCAUUCUUUGGGAAGGGAUGGUGUGAAUUUUAGAAACUGGAGAAAUUUGACUAAUUUAGGUAAUAUCUGCCUAGGAAUUACCGAGCUUAGCAAUAUGUUGGCAUUCUUGUUUGUGUGAAUUAAUCAGAACCUUGCAGUUGGAAGAAUCUAAAGAGCACUAUUGUCCCUUCCUCAUAGAUACAGAUCUUAUUUUUUAUUGUAUAAGCUGUAUCUCAUUUUAAGAGCAGGAUAAACAUGUUAAUAAUUUGAUGAUGCAUCUUUUUAAAGACCACUUCUGUCAUAUAAUCAGGGCUGUGUUAAUAAUAGGGUUGCUGUUGCAGUCCAUGCACAGUCACAAGCCUGAUGCUAAAAGUGACUAAGUAACAGAUGGUAAAAGCUACCGAAGCUGAAAUUAACUUUGAAAUGGUUAUGACAGUUCUUAAUAGGUGUAAGAUGGUGUAAAACUUUGAUUGGGACCUUCUGUAAAUGACUGUAAAACAUCUUUUUCACAUUUGGUUUGAUUUGUAACUUUUCCUUUUGCUUCAUUUUCAGAGGGUAAUUCUUUAUUAUACAGUAAGUUACUCAUUGUCAUUCAGUGUUUUUAGGUACCAACUCUGUAAGUUUUCUCUUCCUGUCCUGGGUUUUGAAGGCUUUUUCUGUGAUGUGUCAAGGUUCAUUUUAUGUUUAUUUAACCCACAUGCAGAUCAGACCUUUGUACUAUAUGGUCCACCAAGUUUCUGAGGGAUGACUGAUGUAGAACAUUUUGUCCACAAACUCAGAGACAUCAGUCAGUGCCUGUGGACUUCAUUCCCUGGGUAUACAUCAGAGCCCACUUGUUGGCUGUUUCCCUGUUUAUCGCACUGCACAUAUGAAGUAUGGGUAGUCACUGUUAAGUUCCACAAGGUAGAGUUCUUGAGUGGUAGACCAUAGCUUGGGAAGUAGUCUGCGUUAAUUAAGUGCUUAAUGUUUAGGAAAUGGGGAAGGUCACAUCAGGCAACAAAAAAAUUUGUCAAGUACAUUUUUUUUUUCAAAUUGAAAUGUAAUUGGUGUAAACUGUUAAGUAGUGUUACUAAGAAGUUUGCAUAUUUCAACUUGGUUCAUGAGUUUUCAAAAACAUAACUAUCAUCUGACCAUUGCUGUACUUUAAAGCACGUUUAGUUCAUGGGCUAUGUUAGAUGCAGUUAGAAGCUGUCCACUGUAAUGUUAUGUUCCACUUUACUAAGUUAUGAAGGUAGCGGUUUGCUUCCCUUAAACAGAUGAAGGCUGAAUCACUCAGAACUGAAGCUUGAAUUACCCAGCAAAACGGGGUAAAACUUUCAACAUAAAAAAAAAAAAAAAAACUAGUAAGAAUGCAUUUACUGAGUAGGCUGAGUACUUGGACUUGGCAGUAGGUCUUAAGAGAACCGGCACUGUGUACAUACCAGGAUUUCCUCUUCUGAGAGCUUUGUUUUGGCACAGAAUUAUUGUUGCAUUCUUUUGUUCUCUUGCUUGGGACUACAUACACAUAACUAAUUCCAUCCAUGCAGUCAGUAUAUUUGGGGUGUUUACUUAGUCAUUAUCUUAAUCCUAACUUACAUUGUAGGAGAUCACCUGUGUUCAGAUCCAAAAAAUCAGAAAUUCUGACCUGUAGCAAUGCCAUCUCUUCUGUCUGAAGCACACAAACGUCCCAACAUUUUUGUAAGCCUGUCUUAAAAGCACUAGAAGCACAAGGCCUGGCCUACGAUUUGAAGGAUAAUAGUACUGUGUAGCCAGUGUAGAGAUCAGUGUUCUUCACAUGAUCAUCUCUGGUAUGAAUUCCAGUGAGAAGGUAAUCAUAGGUUGAGUCUUUCCCCAGCCUGGUUUGCAACCCAAGCGGUCUGUUUUUCACAAGAUGUGAGCUGUCGGCUGGCAAUGUAAAAUGUGGCAGGAAAAACAUUCCCUGACCCAACAGUACUGGGGUUCUAGUGCUGCAACUUUUGUGCAGAGAGGAGGCCAGCCGCCAUAUAUUCAGUGGGUCAUUGAGUUCCUGGCAGUGGUUCUGUAGUUGCACUAAUUCAAGAUUGAGGAAGCUGUUUUCUUGGACAGCUCAGAGUCAGCUUUGCUAGUGAGAGUUGACAGGGCCAUAUUUUCCCCACACCUGAUGGGCGUGCAGAUAUGCUGUGGGUGUGAAUGUGUGCUCUGUUCAGUUUCUUGAGUUGCGACUGAGCAGAAGUGAGGCCAUAGUUUGACAUUGCCACAGGACCCAACCUAGGUAUCUAUAUCAAGUGCAACCUCUGUCAUGUGCCUCCACCUGGGCCGAGAGCCCAUCAUCUGUCAGGUCCUGCCAUUGUCAGAAUUGUCAUGUGAGCACAGACCACUCACUUGUGGAACUGAGGUGAGAAUGAACCCCCUUCCUUUGGAACUUGCCUGGAAAGAGGGAUAUGGAGAAGGGCAGAGGUUCUUGAUUUUGAAAUGGACAUGUGCAUGUGGUAGUGAUAAAAAGAACUCUUCAGCUUCUAAAGUUCUCCGUGGGCUGUCCUGUUGCUUCCAUGCCCUUAUUCCAUUAAAGAAAUUUGUUUGAGAAUUUGGGAUUGAAGGCUAAAAAGCCUUGGGAGUAUCCGCCAAUGAACUUGCUGAUUUAAACCAUAUGAUUUGUAGUUCUCCAACCAUUGUCUUCUUCUGCCACUUAUCCUCCUGCUUAACUGCAUUGACAUCCUGUUGAAGCAGUAUCAGAAUGCAAACCACCUGUUUGAGCCUCUUUGGUCCUAGACAAGCAGAUGAGCAGUCCAAAACUGUGGACAUGGUGGAAAAGAAAACACCAAGGCCCCUAAACUGUUUUAACUUGUCCUAAUUACAAUUCUUCCUUGAGAGUCAGGAUGUACAUUUCUAGGGUGAAGGUACAUUUUUCCACAGUUUUGUCUUAAUCUCAAUCUUGUUAAUGAAAAAAAAAAAACGGUGUACCUAGUAGAGGCUUCUAGAAUAGUCCCUUAAGGUUCUGUGUUUUCUGACAUUGAAGAACCUUUCAUCUUCAGCAUAUGAAUUUCAUGACUGACAAACCUGCCUGCCUUUAUUCAAAUCAGUUGGUUCAGCAAACCUGUAGUUAAUUUCAUGGAAGAUGCUGCACUUGUCUUUUAGCUUUACCUGCAAGGUCUUGGAGCUACAUAAUUUUAUUUGGUAAUCCUAGUUUUUCGCAAGGAUCAGGUGUCCCUUAGGACUCCCCAAUGUUUUUGGUGGAGAGUUGUCUCAAACUGUCCUUUAAUCAGUCAAUUCACCUUUCCCAUUUUCUGUCAGGGGACAAAGUCCAUGGGGAGUGGGAAAAUAAGUGCCUUCUGUACCCUUGAUGUAAACCACCAGUCAGGCUUUUACCUUAGGGAGGAAUGCAUGAGAAAUGCCAGCCUUGACAGUAGAUUAUUAAAGCCCCUUGGACAAUCCCAACUGGCAAAAAGAUUUUAUAUUGAUACUUAACAAUAUGCACUGUGUUCUCCACUUGGUUACCUAGAACAAUGUAUGCUAAACAAGCCAGUUGAAGUGGACUCACUUCAGCCCAGAACCUAAAGCCACAUGAAGCUGUUUAUACAGUAUAGCAAUUAUUAGAUCAAGUCCAUUAUAAGGAUGGGCACGUUUAUAAACAGUGUGUAAAUAUUAGACAUGUUAGAUUAAAUAAAAAAAAUGACCAGUAGAAAGCACUGCAGUUGCCUUUAAUUUCUUUCUGGCAUUAUGAAGGGCAUAUGCUGCUUUGUGCUUUAGUAUUGUUGACACUUUACUACAGUUUCUCAUCAAAUACUCAUGGAGGGUUAGAUUUGUCUUUUAGCAAGCUUGAUUUUUUAACAUUUACUAUGUGUAGCUUUUAUUUUUGCAACCAAAGGUAAUGCUUUACUUCUGUUUUUCAUUUUUAAGGAUUCCUUUGACAGCUCAGUUUCUGAAGUAUUUCAUUCUAUAAAAAAACUUCAAAGCUGGGAGUCCAAACACCAAGACAAGUGUUUUCUUGCUUUUUAAUGAUGGACAAACAUGCAAGAACUCUUUCUAGUCUUCCGUUGUGCAAGAGUUCAUCAUCAUAUGAAUGUUGGAAGCUCUCCAGCUGCAACCGUUUCUCAAAACUCUGUUUUGAAAUGUUAUUCCUCCUCUAAGGCAUUUGGGUAUAAAUGUUCACUGAACUGUUAAUAUAAAUCAUGAUUUAUUUGAUAGUCUCACUUCAUUUCUUUUUCAACUGAGAUGUAAAUCAAAUCACUUUUUCCCCAGUUGCUGUAAAAGUGAGUCUGAAUCUGACUGAGUGAAAGCUUAGUCUGAUGAAGAUUUAAUUAACCCAGCCAACAAUUGUUUUCAGGGAAUUUGUCUUUGAAAAUUCAGUACAUGCGUAUUAUCAGAACCAGAAUUCAGUACUUGCAGAACUCGUUAUGUUAUGAAACGAGGUCUGCUAAGCUAAGAAGGGGGGUGUAUAAAGUAUUCAGAACUAUUCUGUAUUAUUUUCUUUUUUAAUAUACUUUGGAAGAGAAAUAAGGUGAGAAUUCGUCUUCAGUGGUGUAAUGGCCUUUUCAGCCUUAUAAGAAGGAUGGCUGCUGCUUAGUCAUCGUUCCUCAUCGAAGUCAUGCAGCUCAGCACCUUCAAAAGGCAACCUGCCCAUUUCAAUUCUGUGUAAGUGGACACACUGCAAGGGGUUAUUGCUACAUCUGGGACAUGUGUGAAUCGUUCAGCGUGUGCAGCAGCUGUUGGUAGUUGUGCAAUUGUCUGCUACGGCUAUGCAACCUCACACGAAUAGGAGUAACUGAACCGGGAUGACCGUGUAAUACCCCCGGCCGAGGACUCCCGCUGUGGAGAAAGGCAUCAGUUACUUGAGGAAUCAGUGUCCCAGUACUCAGUAUUUCUUGCAGGCACCUUUGGUUUGGAUGGUUACUGCCCUCGUGCAGUCAGAUUAUUCCUGCGCAGGCUUCCUUUGCUGAAGUAAUCAGCAAAGCAGGAUUUGCAAUGCAGUGUGACUGGCACGGUGCUGUUCACCAAAGUGACACACCCCUCCCACGACUACGAAAUUUGAAGGGUUUUCCUCUCCCUGCCUCAAACCCUCGGGGACACAUUACUACUUAUUUGCAUACACACCUCUUUGAAAAGUGACUAACCUGUUUUCUGAAAAACACAAGGAUGUAUGCGGUACUGAAAUCUGGUUGUGAGAAUACAUAAGUACUGAAAAUACUUCUUAGAUUGUAUGGAGUUAAGCUGCUAAAAUGUAUGUAUAUUCUAGCUAAACUUCAGUUGCAAAAAAUGAAACAAAGCUUUGAGGGUAUUACAUUUGAAGUGCUACAGGUUGUUUCUGAGAGCUUCCCUGGUGUUGCGAAGUAUCACUCUCGUGAGGGAAUUAAGAGAAGUACAAGCUCUGCUUCCGUAGUUCAAAGUAUGGUUACUUCUAAUAGUUUUUAACCAUGCUAAUAGUGAAACUAAAGGUGUUUUUGAUGCUUUUAUCAAGAAAAUACAUCAUCUGACUGAUUCACUUGUAAAAAGUAGUUCAGGUUUGGCAGAUGUAAGUGACCACUUUGAUAUGCAAAGUAUAUGUAGAUAGAUGGUGAACUGAACCAGCAUAAAUAGUUGCUUUUCAUGUUUUCUUCAUGAAAUCUGGAGUAGCUUCAGUUCUGGACAGAAGACAAAUCUGGCAAUGUGAAUAGCCUAUCCUGAGAGUACUUUAAACAAGCUUAGCAUUAUCUCAGUUUCUGAGGUUGCUUUAUUUUGUAGAGAAGACAGCUUUCUUCAUCUAGGAGCUGAAAAACUGGGCAGUGCCAAGGAGAAUGUGCUAAACUUUUCACAUCAUGUCUGAUUCUUUUGUUUUCCUUCACUUGUAGGAGUAAGACAUUGCCUUUAUUCAGGAUGUCUUGCAUUUCUCAAACUCUUUUAAGGGUCAUUCUAAGAAAUCUAAGAAUUUAUACAGCGAUGGAAAGCAUUUUAGUGGAGGUUGGCUGUUUAAACCUUAGAUUAGCAUACAAAAGUAUUGAACCACCUCCACUCUUCAGCAGCCAAUUUGUAACUUUCUACUCCCAUAGUUCAGUACACUGCUUAUGCAAGCAGAGGUUUUCCAUAAAUCUGUUUUUUUUUUCAUGUUUCAAAGAGCAGCUGAAAACAAAAAACUAUUUCAAACCUGUUUUGUGGUACAAGAAUUCAAACUAGUAAAUCUUCAUUCUUUGAUACAUUUUGACCUGAAAGAUGAUUAAUUGGACAUUUCUAUCUUUCCCUCAUUUGAUGGUUUUGGGGAUUCAUAGUGGGAUAGCAUUUAAUUAGUGGCCAUCCUGUUUUUACAAAUUGUUCAACCCCAGCUGUAGCAGGCUUCAAAUAAAAUUGUGUGUGUAGUAGCCCCCACAUCUAGAUAACUUUUAUGACUGUCACACUUAGGUUUAUUUGCUUCAAGUUAUUGGACAGGCUUCAACGUUGCAGUACUGCUUUUGCCACUUCUUGGGUAGUUUAUAUAUAGACAGAGAAUCUUUUAAAAAAAUUAACUUGAAACUUUGUUGAUGAGGCUUUCCUAAAAGCCAUGGGUUGCCUGUUUAGCAGAAUCACCAUGCUCUAAAUUCCAUGCUGCUUAUGAGAAAUUUCAGCAUUACCUUCUGGGCCUUUGGGAUCAUCUGGCAAAACUGUUGUAUCUACCUAGAUUUCAUCCUUAAAGAAGCUGAACUGAAAGUUAGACACAGUGAGUUGAAACCUGGAAAAAUCCUCCUCACUAUCCCAAGUGGUGCAUUGUCUAUCAAUUGUGCUUAAAGGCUUCUGCUCUGGAGCUCUGUUGUUUAGGGAGUGUGUGAAAAUAUAAAAAAUGUUUCGAAGUGCUUUUAGCACUAAAGCUAUUCAGCAAUGUUCUCCCCUGAGGAGUUCAGCUGAGGGCAGUUCACAUGCAAAGUUAUAAAAGGAGUAAAAGUUUUUUUGUGUUUUUGUUUUUUUUGCAGGGUUGCCAUACAGAUCUUUGUCAUUGUCCAUACAUGUCUAACUACAGACCAUUUAUCUGACUAGCACAGUUGUGUCUGCGAAUGGUAAAUGCAGCCCCGGACCUUCCUGGAAUUAAAACUGUAAUUGGAACAAUUCCAGCUGUUUAUGUCCUUGACAAAGAAAAUGUACUUGUUUUGGUCACCUUGUCAAGGCAUAGCAAAUGAUGUGUUUUUUUUUUUUCCUUCAUUCCUUAGGUGUGUGCUUCAGAAGGCAGCAUCAGGAGUUUGGUUAAUUUAUACAACGUAAAAAGAAAUGGAUUGCUGUCUGUGUAGUCUUGCUGUCCUGUGGCCCAUUAGUUGGCUAAUCAUCCUUUGACUAAUUUAACAAUUUCCAUUAACUGUUUUUAAGAAUUUGUUAAUUUUAGGAAUAAGCGCUACAGCCGUUAAAUUGUGUUCUCACUUUCAACAAGCACUGCUGUCCUGACCAUGAUUUCAGGAGUUGGAUCUCCUUUUGCAACUCAGUGCUUUUGGAUUGUGCACUCUGAGCACUUCUUUCUGCAUCUGUAGAAGGUUUUAUUACUGAUCGUGAAUUAUUCCCGCCAUUACUGCAGUUGGUCUGUAGAAGUGAGAUAUAACAUACAUUCAGGUAGAUUUUUAUAUCCAUUAAAUUUCAAGAAUGCUGUCUGCAUUGGUUACUUAACACCCUUGCACCCUCACUAAUUGAAUACUCUGUCCAUGUGCUAGUAGGAUGAUCCAGUAAGUCUUGCAAGUUCAUAAUUUUAUAUUGUUCCUUUGUUCAUAAUUUUAUAUUGUUCCUUUGCUACUUAGAGCACUUCCUGAAUUACAGUGGAGAAUCCGAUGUGGGAAUAUGUUUAGUGGUAACCUUUUAGUCCACUGCACAUCUUCCAUGCCAGCAGAAAGCUUUAACACACUUUCAAGUGCAGGAGCUGGAAAAUGCAAAUUAUUACAUGUCUAGAAAAGGGUUUAAGAAAAAGGCAAUCCAGCUGUUCUCCACUGCAAAGGGUUUUCUCAGAUGAGCUAGUAUAAGUACACCCAUGUAUAUACUGGCUGGUUUGUAUGUAAUAACAUUAUUCAAUACUAAACACUAACUCUGGUUAAAAUUGGUUAUUUCUUUUAUUCGUUUAAAAAGGCACUUGUAUUGUUUUCUUUCACAUUAUCUGUGGGGAACAGGCAGAUCUGAAGAAAGCAUUGUCCAACUUUUCACCCUUCAUUGCAUCCAGCUGAGAAGCUGAUGGUGGGAGAUGUAUUUUAUAAUGCAUUUGAGAAUGCCCUGACUAGAUGUACCUCCCAGUGUCUAUAAGUAAUCACUGCUGACCUGAAAGUUGUACCAAAGUUGUCUUAUUUUCUUGUUUUCCCUCCCUGCAUCAGAGCUCCACAAACUCUGGAUGCACAUUUUUUUUUAAAUUCUGGGCUAAUAUGUUGGAAAUGUAAAAUGUUUGUGUGUAUUGAUAAAUUUGAUGUAAAUGCCAUAAGGGCAGGUGACAGGGUUUAUAAGGCAGUAUCUUUGAUCAGAGAUAUGAGGGCUUUUUAAAAUGUUCACUUGUUUCUGUCACCACAGUAAAUGUUAUGAAGGAUGCGACUGACUCGAUAUCCAAGUUUGAUAGAUUGCUGCAAAGUUUACUCUGAGUGUAUAUUUAUAGGGAGUGGUGGUUAUUUAUUGAACAGCUGUGAUUAUCAGACUUGGUUGUCCAAGUAAGAUUCCCUGCUUACCUCGUCUUUGAACUUAAGUCUAGGCAAAACAAAGCUCAAAAAAAGCAGAAAUAAUACUUUUUAAAGUAUAUAUAUAUUUCUUGCCAUAUCUCUCAUGAACGUCAUGAAACUAACGUUUUAUAUAAUUUUUUAACUUAUUUAAAGACAUGCAGACACCCCAAGUAUUUUGUAUAACUAUUAUCUGCUCGCUCUUGUAUAUAAAUUUUUACAGUCUGUUCAAAAGUGCAAUAUCCCUUUCUAAUUAUUCCUUUUCCAUUCAGAAUGUUUGUAUUGAUAGUAUAGCUGACAGUCUCAUCUCCGUUUCCUUAAAAAGUUUUUGUGGAUAUUCUGACUUGCUUUGAAUGCCCCACUGCAUUGCUUUUGUAUAUGUAAUAUAUGUAAUUAAAUAUUUGUGUAAUGGAGAUAAACUACUGUAAGUUUUGUACUGUACUGGCUGAAGGUCUGUUAUAAAUAAACAUUGGAAAUAUA